GGUCUCUCGAAACGCUCCAAUAUUGGUUUAUAGAGUAGCUGUUGAUAUUAGCUUCUUGUUAACUUUGAAAUCAAUUUUUCCAUCGGGAAAGCUCAUUGAAUCCCCGGAUUGGAAGCUGUUUUCUGUGUGCUACCUGGAGUGUCUACGGUCCGCACUCGGAGGGUCGACUUCCUCACAUAAACCCCCUAUAUUGAAUUACGUCGAUGCCCACUUUGACGGUAGUCAAUUGAUGUUGGAUCAUUUUAAGCUUUGAAGCGUUUGAUCAGACUUUUCUUUAAGUGAAUACUGUUUAACAGAGAAAAUAAAAUGUCGGUAAUUUUGACGGCUGGCAAGAGAAAUAUUGCCAAUCGGGAUCUAUCCAAGAAGAAGAAAGUGAUAAGAAAAGCUGGGCACCUCUCAACUGAUGGCGUCCCAAAGCUGACAACAGGAUGGGAAAUAGAAAUCGAUUCCAAGGAAUUCAAAAUUUCUUUUUCCCGUGACAACUUCCAUGUUUGGAUAGACGGUCAACCGGUAGAGACAACGUCUUACAUAUCAGACGAGGGAUAUGACAUAGACAUGUUUUUUGAGAUUGAGGGCCACAAGGGACAGAUAUUUAGUGAUGUUGACAACGACAGAGACGAGAUGGUCAACUAUCUACUCAUCAACGACAAAUGUGUGGCAAAAUGCGACCAGCAGGCGCACUAAAAUCGCCAUCCGUCCAAGUAGUACAGCUAGAAUGGUUUCAUUCUUUUGGUGUUUAGAAGUAUUUAUAUAGACUUAUCGCAUUGUUCUAUUUCAGAAUUUAGUCUUGAAUUAAAUGAUAUCUUUAUAUUUGUAUAUAUAUGGCUGGGAAAAAAAAUAUUUGAAUGAAUUUUAACACAGUUUUACUUGCGUGUAUAUUGCAAAUUUACUAUAGGUGCUUGGGGUUGAUUAACAUGUGUAGGUAACUGAUGAGAUUCGUGGUCCCAUAUUCGUCGCAUUAGUUUAUCUCAUAUACAUGGUGAGUCCCUCUCUUUAGUGUGUGUGAAGAAAUUUGUUCACAGUGACAUGCGCCAAAGCACAUCCGGUUUAACUUCGUCUGCUUUAUAGGAUCAAUUUGACAUGGCAGUCAAAACAGAUCCUGUCAAGGAAAAAAUACAAAUCAUGAAAAUAGAUAAUAGAUAUUGUAGUACUAUUUCCCCACUAUGAAUUGAAGAGAAAAAAAACACCUAACGAUUUCAAAGGUCGAUCACAGUAGAUGCUAUGAAUUAUAUGCUUGGGGCGAGUUUUCUUUGUUCAAGAUGUUGUCAACCUACGCCACCAUUCAUUCAUUCAUUCAUUCAUUCAUUCUGCUGUUGUGUAUGAGUUUCUGUUCGUGUACACGUAUAAAGCUGUCACAUCAACACAAACAUUACGAUAUCGGUCUCAAAACACCCGCUCCGACGGUUUUUUCGAGUUAUUCAUGAAAUAAACUUAUAUUGUUUCAUAAAAGUGAUUUACAUUUUGAAUUGAAGUAACAUAUAUAAAAAUCACAUUAAUUUCGAGAAUUCGUUCAAAAUUUGUACAUAUACAUAUAUUUCCUAGAUAUUGGUCACGAUGCGUAUUAAGAUGUAGACAAUACAUACCCGCAAUCCAGGUUUUAUCACUUUGUAAAAUGUGCGCGUUACUACUUUCGGUGACGUAGGUUGACAGCAUUGGUUCAGCUGACUGCAGAAUAUAAUGUGCUAUUUGUGUAUUACUAUAUAUUUUAAUUUCAAAAUCAAAUUGAACUGUGUUUAGUGUAUUGAAGAAUAAAGACAUAUCAACCUUAAAUAAA